GUUGCACUUGCGCUUCUGCAAACGCCCCACGAAAAGCCAUCGUUUCCGCUCUGCCACUCCUCUCGCUUGCCCAUCCUUUCACCCCCUCACUUUAGACGCGCGCUCCCCGCCCACAGUCUGCGAGAGAGAUGGAGAGACUCUCAAUAAAUGAUCCCCCGCCCGGGCCUCAGCAUGGUAAUAAUGCCCAGCAGGGCCAGCAGGGCCAACAGCCACCGCAAGUGGGAGUGUCCCAGGGCCCCCCGCAAUUACCGCCGCAGAUGUUCACAACCGCCGCUCAGCUGUUAGAUUUAACAGAUAAGAAGCUAGUCCUCGUGCUCCGUGAUGGACGGAAGCUGAUCGGUGUGUUAAGAAGCUGGGAUCAAUUCGCCAACCUUGUCCUCCAAGAUACAAUCGAACGGUUAUAUGCUGGAAAUCUCUACGCCGAUAUCCCUCGUGGGAUCUUCCUUGUUCGUGGCGAGAAUGUGCUGCUUCUGGGCGAAAUCGAUCUCGACAAGGAAGACGAUAUCCCCGCGCACCUUCAAAAGGCCCCGUUCCAGGAGGUCUUUGACCUGAAGAAGAAAGAAGACAACGAACGCAAACGGUCCGAUAAGAAGCGUAACAACCAGCUGCAGGGUCUUGGCUUCGAAGCUGAGCACAGCGGAGAGAUCCUCUUCUAGUCAGCAGACCGAACCGUUUCAUCGAGACCCUUGGCUCGGGACCUGCUCUUUGUUUGAGCCACGCCCGCGGCGAUUUCACCCGUUUCGCCACCCUGAGAUGGGCGCUGCGGUCUGCAGAGCGAGCGGAACUACAUAUUGGUCUCGCUCUUGAGCGUUUGCAAGCAGUUACAAGCAAAUAAAGAAGGGGUAGAGGGGGUAGAAGGGGGGGGGGGUAGGUGGAAAGGUAUUCACACUACGUGAAAAAUUUAGAGGGAUCUCUCGGGUUAUUGUGUGUCCCAGUCGACCUCGAUCCGUGAGCAUCAUCAAUAUGUUGGACAGAUGAUAGGGUGGAGGCUGCCAAGUUCGAAAUCUCCUUGUCCUCGGCCCAUGCAGACUCACACCCCAUCCU